AUGCCGGAGAGGAUAGCUUUUAUGGAUAUUAUCCAAAAGAACAUCUCCGAGACAGCGAUGAAGGCCGAAAUCGAUAACUGGUCGCUGAAGUUAGCUCCGAAUGUCAAGCGUAUGUUCGACACGUGGCAUGCAAAUUACACGCUUUUCUUGGAGCGCGGGAAGACCGAGGUGUUGGAGGCGUUCGGGAAGGUGGAUACGGCGAUCGAUAAGCUGGUGAAUAUUAGAAGGGAUUUGGAGACGACAUUUACGGAGCAGCACGCACAACAAUCGGAGAUCAUGCUGAAACUAACGCGUCGUCAACGUCACCUUCUGAAAGAAAUGGCCUGGGAGGAGCUGCGAGACUUGGACGAGUAUCCCCUAUUCAAAUAUGGGCUCCCAAAGAACUUGAUGAACCCGUUCCGGGGUCUCGACUCGCUUUUGCCUCAU